ACGGAGUCUCAUUCGUGUGGUUUUUGGAGCUAAAACGCGAAAGUCAAGCUAGCUAACAGGAGGCCAUGGUUUGCUGACGUGAUAGUGCAAGCUAAAAAUAAACUUGAAGCUGAAAGUCUCCCAAUCGAUUGCUAGUGUGGUAACUGCAGAGUGUCGGUCAGACAAACCAAAAUGAGUCUGGAUAAAGCAAAGCUAUGCGAUUCGUUACUAAAUUGGCUACAGACAUUUCAGGUGCCUUCAUGCACCAGCAAGCAGGACCUGAUGAGCGGAGUGGCUAUUGCACACGUUCUACACAGGAUAGACCCCUCCUGGUUUAAUGAGGCAUGGCUGAGCAGGAUCAAGGAGGAGAGUGAGGCCAACUGGCGCCUCAAGGUCAGCAACCUGAAGAAGAUUCUUCAGAGCAUGCUUGAGUAUUACCAUGAUGUGCUUGGCCACCAGGUAGCAGACGUGCACCUGCCAGACAUCAAUCUGAUUGGGGAGUUUGGAGAUGUAACUGAACUUGGGAAGCUGGUGCAGUUGGUGCUUGGCUGUGCUGUCAGCUGUGAGAAAAAGCAAGAGCAAAUCCAGCAGAUAAUGACCCUGGAGGAGUCUGUCCAGCAUGUUGUCAUGACAGCCAUACAGGAGCUCCUAGCUAAAGAGCCAACUGUUCCAGGAAGUCCUGAGACCUACGGGGACUUUGACUACCAGUCCAGGAAGUAUUAUUUUCUCAGUGAGGAGGUGGAGGCGAAGGAGGAUCUGGGCCAGCGCUGUCGGGACCUGGAGCACCAGUUGGCAGCCGUCCUGGAGGAGAAGUCAUCCCUGCAGGUGGAGACACAAUCCCUGAGGGAGAAGCUCAGCCUCAGUGACCCACAGAAUGCUUCUACCACCAUCACUGGCAAGAAGCUGCUGCUGCUGCAGAGCCAGAUGGAGCAGCUACAGGAGGAGAAUUACAGACUAGAGAACAGCCGAGAUGACAUGCGUGUGCGAGGGGAGAUUCUGGAGCGUGACGUUUUGGACCUCACUCACCGUAACGAUGAACUGACCAGCCUCGCCCAGGAGGCCCAGUCUCUCAAAGAUGAGAUGGACAUCCUCCGGCAUUCGUCUGACCGAGUGAGCCGGCUGGAGGCGCUGGUAGAGACGUACAAGCGCAAGCUGGAGGACCUGGGGGACCUGCGCAGACAGGUGCGUCUGCUGGAGGAGCGCAACACUGUCUACAUGCAGCGCACAUGUGAGCUGGAAGAGGAGCUACGCAGGGCCAUCCGCACCCAGCUGGACACCUACAAGAGACAGGUCCAUGAGCUUCACACCAAGCAUUCGUCAGAGGCACUGAAGGCUGAGAAGUGGCAGUUUGAGUACAAGAACCUUCAGGACAAGUAUGACGCCCUGCUUAAGGAGAAAGAGCGUUUGAUCUCAGAGCGAGACACACUGCGGGAAACCAAUGAUGAGCUCAGGUGUGCUCAGGUCCAACAGAAGGGCCUCAAUCAACCAGGUGGAUUAUGUGAGGACUCUGGCACAGUGGGAAACCUGGCCUCUGAGAUGAUGCCCACAGAGUUCAAGGAGACGGUGGUGCGUCUGCAGAGUGAGAACAAGAUGCUGUGUGUCCAGGAGGAGAGCUACAGACAGAGACUGGUGGAGGUACAGGGUCAGCUGGAGGAGUCUCAACGCAGCCAGAACACCCUGGAGACACAAAACAGGUUGAACCAGCAGCAGAUCUCUGAGCUGCGGUCCCAGGUGGAGGAUCUCCAGAAGGCUCUACAGGAGCAGGGCAGCAAGGCUGAGGAUUCCUCCCUGCUGAAGAAGAAGCUUGAGGAGCACCUGGAGAAGCUCCAUGAGGCCCACUCAGACCUGCAGAAGAAGAGAGAGGUCAUUGAUGACCUGGAGCCAAAAGCGGACGGCAACAUGGCGAAGAAGAUCGAUGAGCUGCAGGAGAUCCUGAAGAAGAAGGAUGAGGAUAUGAAGCUGAUGGAGCAACGCUACAAGCGCUAUGUGGAGAAGGCCAGGACGGUGAUCAAGACUCUGGACCCCAAGCAGCCGCCUCUGACUGUGUCUCCUGAUGUUCAGGCCCUCAAGAACCAGUUGACUGAGAGAGACCGGAAGAUCCAGCACCUGGAGCAUGACUGUGAGAAGAGCAGGUCCAGACAUGACCAGGAGGAGAAACUCCUCAUCAGUGCUUGGUACAACAUGGGUAUGGCCCUGCAUCAGAAGGUGGUGGGAGAGCGGUCGGGUCCGUCCAACCAGGCCCAGUCCUUCUUGGCCCAGCAGAGGCAGUGCACCCACGCCAGGAGAGGCCUCGCAGCCCGCCACCAGCCCAGAUAAGACAUAUCAACUCUGGGGGAGGAUGUGAAAAUGAGGCAAAACAUUGUCUAUAUCUUAGUGUUCACUUCUUCCGUACUCCCACUCUCACUGCUCUGAUGCCUUCUCCUCUUGGUGUUUUGUGACGAUUGCUGCUGCUGCCCCCUGCUGGGCAUCUCUAUUACACGAUUUUCUGGAGUGUCUGUAAUGCAGAGCUACUUAAUUCACCUUCAAGUGCUUUCAAAGCUGCCAGGACUUUUGAACAAAGAUGAGUCUUGGGUCUAAAUGAGAGCUGGAAUGAAGGAACAUGAAGUGGAUAGAAAGAAGCUGAGUGACUAAUCCUUUGUCAUUGAAUUCUUAGACAAUGUUUGUCAUUCAGUCCCUCCAUUUCUUUCAAGCCCUCUUUUUAGCUAUAAUAUAUUUGAUGUUUUCUUAAGGUUUAGAUUAGGACAUUAUGAGAAUUAAUGCUUUGGAAGCCCACAAUGAUGACCGAGAUGGAAAGUGAUGAUUUCUGCUGUCAAUAGGGCAGGGGUCUUUACCUUCCCCCUACUACUACUACUACUAUAUAUUUUCACCCUUAUUGUCCAGCCCACUGCCAGGCUAAAUAGAUAUUAUCCUCUUACUCUUACAUAGAAACACUAAUAAGAGAGACCUAUGGGUUGAGAUCAUGGUGAAUUUGUGCGAUUUGUAUUAAUUUGUGCCCAAGUCAUUUGGAGAUUCUGUCUUGUGCUGUGUCUCUGACACUUUUAAAUGUACUUGGGGAGAGAGACUGGUGAAGCGCUAGAACAGGGGUGUCAUCCGGAUCCGGGGGGGUGUACACUCAAUAUUAUUUUUCAAUGAUUAAAACCAAGUUUGAAACUGUAGAAAUUAUAAUGGACCUACAUUCAUACAGUUUAUUGACUGUCCAGCUCACUAAUAAUCAUCAAAAUGACAGUCAGGGAGCAUCACUUUUUGCCAAUUUUGAUGGCGAGGAAAUGUUGUUGAAGACUGAAUGUGGCCCCCGGGGAAAAAUGGGUUUGGCGCCCCUGAUCUAGAAGAGCUCAAUAAUACGUCUUAGAUAUGAGAGGAACACAUUUUCUCUGCACACACAGUCAUGACCUCUUUAUUUCUCUGUGUUUACUCUUUCAAGCUGUAUCAUCUACUUGAUUUUUCUUAAUUUGUUACGAGUUGUUUAAUUGUUUUGAUGAGCAGGAAGAAUAGCUUUCUAGACUUUUUUUUCUUUUUCUAAAUGAACCUCCGCAUUUUGUAGUUAGUCUGUAUAAUAAUGUACAGAAAAGCACUCCCUCCCUUUUGAUUAUGGUUAAUUUCCUCUGUUAACUGAUCUACUUUUAAAGACUUUUGUAUCAAAUUCCUGUGUGGUGUUCACAUGUAAUGGUAGAAGUUCAGAAAGACUAGAAGAUAUGGGUCCUCUUCUGUCAGGACCGUUUGACUGGUAGUAUUCACACGGACUAUUGAACAAGGUUUUGUUUAAAGCUGUAAUAUGGAAAUUUAUUCUUUGAAUGAUGGACUAGAUGUUGUUCUUUUUAACUUUAAUGUAUCCCCUCUAAAGAGUUACAGGGUGUUUUUAAGAAUUAUAAUUGGUUGCACACAUCACUUUAGACUGAUGUUAAUGUAGGAAAUGCUGGUGCUUGUGAGAACCAGAAUGUGGGGUUAUUGAUUCACAUUUAAUGGAUAUGUGGGGGAAAUCUGGCCACACUGGAGGUUGUUACUGUGUAAUCCUGAAGGGAAAUAAGGUUUCAAGGUAGCAAUGGUAUGUAGCUUUUCUCUCGUUCUCAGCAGAAACACUCAAAUAUAGAUGCUUCUGUUCGCUGACACUGGAACUUGCCUAGCUAAUGAACAGACAAUGUGUGCUCUUUUAAUGUCAGAAUUAUUUACAACUGAAUUUAUGUAAAUUUUUACCUAUCAUUUUCUCAAGAUGAACCUGUGAAGAACAGUGCUAUUGUUGAACACUCCAUCUAUCUGAUUACUUUGACAGUAUCCACUUAAACAUGGAACUUAUUUUUGGUACCCAAACUGCUCUCUAUGACUUGUACCUAACCCUCUUAAGUGUGUAACUAUCUGUGCAAUGUUAUUUACCAGGCUAUGAAACCACAACUGUGUGUACAUUUAACUUCACUUAGUGUUUUACUCUUUAAGUAGAUUUGGUGUUUAUUUGGUAUUAAAUCAGGAAGUCUGACUUUUAAUUUCAAAGUAGUAAAUCAACAUUCCAACUGAACUGUUAUGUUCCAGUACUGAGAUGGGGCCUGCGCAAUUCAACCUGUCGUUGUCGUGACUGGAAAUCUGUCAAUGUACUGUCCUAUUGCAGUAUAACUUGACACUGUCCAUUAGCAAUAUAUUACAAUUGGUAUUUACCAUCACUAAUUGGACAUGCAGUUAAAGGGCUUAAACUCUACUGAACAAAUAUAAACGCCACAUGCAAAGUGUUGGCUUCAUGAGCUGAAAUAAAAGAUCCCAUAUGUUCAAUACGCACAUCUCAAAUGUUGUGCACAAAUUUGUUAACAUUCCUGUUAGUAAACAUUUCUCCUUUGCCAAGACAAUCCAUCCACCUGACGGGUGGGAUAUCAAGAAGCUGAUUAAAGUGCAUGAUCAUUUCAAAGGUGCACCUUGUCCUGGGGACAAGAAAAGGCCACUAAAAUGUACAGUUUUGUGACAACACAAUGCCAUAGAUGUCUCAAGUUUUGAGGGAGCGUGCAAUUGGCAUGCUUACUGCAGGAAUGUCCUACAGAGCUUUUGCCAGAGAAUUGAAUGUACGUUUUUCUACCAAUGUUGUUUUAGACAAUUUGGCAGUAUGUUCAACAGGCCUCAUAACAGCAGACCACGUGUAUGUUGAUGUGUGGGUGAGCAGUUUACUGAUAACAACUUUGUGAACAGAGUGCCCCCUGGUGGGGUUAUGGUAGGGGCAGGCGUAAGCCAAACUUGGACGCACAGGAUCUUCUAGAAUGUAAUUUGUAUGCUGUAGUAUUAAGAUGUCCCUUCACUGGAACCAAGGGGUCUAACCCGAACCAGGAAAAACAGCCCCAGACCAUUAUUCACUAUGAAGUGGGGCAGGUUCUCCUGGUAUCUGCAAAACCCAGAUUUGUCUGUCGGACUGCCAGAUGGUGACGUUUGAUUCAUCACUCCAGAGAAUGUGUUUUUACUGCUCCAGAAUCCAAUGGCCCUACCCUUUACACCACUCCAUCCGACGCUUGGCAUUGUGCAUGGUGAUCUCAGACUUGUUGGAAAGGUGGCAUCCUAUGAUGGUGCCACGUUAAAAGUCCCUGAGCACUUCCGUUAGGCCAUUCUACUGCCAAUGUUUUGUCUAUGGAGAUUUCAUGGCUGUGUGCUCGAAUUUAUAAACCUGUCAGCAACGGGUGUGGCAAAAAAAAGAAACCUCUGUCAACUGUGUUUAUUUCCAGCAAACUUAAAAGUGUAAAUGUAUGAACAUAAGUAUCAACAACUGAGAAAUAAACUGAACAAGUUACAUAGA